UCCUGGUUUUUGGCCCCCUAAACAGAGUCAUACUGGUAUCUUCAGAGUGACCAUGGCCAACUUGACUUCAAUGAAUGGAUUCCUCCUCAUGGGGUUUUCUGAUGAGCGUAAACUUCAGAUUUUACAUGCACUGUUGUUUUUGGCAACAUACCUACUGGCCUUGACAGGCAACCUCCUCAUUAUAACCAUCACUACCUUGGAUCAUCGUCUCCAUUCUCCCAUGUAUUAUUUCUUGAAGCAUCUCUCUCUUCUGGACCUCUGCUUCAUCUCUGUCACAGUUCCUCAGUCCAUUGUAAAUUCACUUGUGGGCAAUGGUUACAUUUCCCUUGUUCAGUGCAUUCUUCAGGUUUUUUUUUUCAUAGCUCUGGCAUCAUCAGAAGUGGCCAUUCUCACAGUAAUGUCUUAUGACCGGUAUGCAGCUAUCUGUCAACCACUGCAAUAUGAUUCCAUUAUGGAUCCCGGUGCUUGUAGGCGUGCCGUGAUAGCUGUAUGGAUUGCUGGGGGCCUCUCUGGACUCAUGCACACAGCUGUUAACUUCUCCAUACCUCUCUGUGGGGAGAGAGUAAUUCACCAAUUCUUCUGUGACGUUCCUCAGAUGCUAAAACUAGUCUGUUCUUAUGAAUUUAUUAAUGAGAUUGCAGUGGCUGCAUUCACGACGUCAACAGCAUUUAUCUGCUUGAUCUCCAUUAUUCUCUCCUACAUUCACAUCUUCUCUACUGUGCUGAGAAUCCCAUCAUCUGAAGGCCGAACCAAGGUCUUUUCCACCUGCCUACCACACCUGUUUGUAGUCACCUUCUUUCUCUCAGCUGCUGGCUUUGAGUUUCUGAGACCCCCAUCAGAUUCCCCAUCAGCUGUGGACUUCAUGUUCUCUAUAUUCUAUACUGUGACACCUCCAACAAUCAAUCCAGUCAUCUAUAGUUUAAGGAAUGAUGCCAUGAAGGCAGCACUGAGGAAGAUGCUGUCAAAAAAAGGGUUUGUUCAGAGAAAGAUGUAUUUAAAAUCCAUGUUUAAACACUAAAUAACCAUAAAAUGAAAGGCACUGUUAUGCUUUAGAUUGGAAGAGGGGUGAAUCUAAUUUCUUCCUAGAAGUAUC